UAACAUUAGUGUUUGAACAUUUUUAGUGUACACAGAGAUCCAGUCGCAGGCGGCAGUUUUUAUUUCAGUAUUCUGUUAGAAUUGUCGCUGAACCUCCGCGCAGUCUCUAUUCCCUACAAUGGACCAACAUGGACAGCCCAAUCCACAGCGUCGAAAUGGUUUUUAUGAUGAUAUACAGAUGAUCAUUUCGCAGUAUGAUGCAGCAUCUCGCAUCAUUAAACGGGUUCUGAUGUACAUGGCUCGUGACGAAGAGACCCGGAAUGCAUUUCUACUAGACCGAGAAGAAACGGCCCUUGAACCUCGCAAAGAAGACCCACAUAAUGAUAAUGACGUCAUCUUUCUGUCUGAGAGACGCCCAGCCGUUGAGGAAGACCACAAGGACGAGGUAGCACGCACUUUUUCAGAUGAACAUGCCGACGAUGACGUCAUCUUCCUGUUUGAAAGGCGGCCAGCCUUUGAGGAACCCCGCCCACGUCCGCCCCCCUGUGCACAUAUGCGGACGGGUAAACAUUAAAAAUCUCACGAUACAAUGAAGUACUUGCGUCCUCGUGUGUACAUUGCUCAUACGAGGGUGUUUCUCUGUGUUUCAAACAUUUGUGUUAAUAUAAACAAAAUAUAAAUUAAUAACUAUGGACAUAGUAAUGAUCAUAAUCUUUAAAAGCAACAUUAAGAUGAAAUAAAAACAAACAAACCCAUAAUUAUGACAAUAUUUUACAAAUGUAAAACAAUUAUAACAUCAACAAUCUUCACUAAAAAUAGAACCCCUUUAGUAGAAUUGUCAACAAUCCCAAUGGGGUUCAAUAGUUGGAGGUCAAAGGUUUACUGUGAAAUUAAAUC